UACGGAUCCAGUUUUGGCUAAAAUUAAACAGUUUACUGCGCACUAUGAAACAAACUACAACUAUCAAGUCGUGUUUCGCAAUUUUCGCUUUGCAAUUGUGCUUACUUCAAGCAGCAAGUCAUGCAGAGAGUUUAAAUAAUAGUGAAAAUAAAAUAGAAAUUGCAUAUUAUGAGGAAAUUAAAGAUCUACCCAAUCAUCCGGAAAAACUAUUAAUUGAUGUACGCACACCCGAAGAACUUGUACAGACUGGCAAAAUACCAACUAGCAUUAAUAUACCGUUGUCUGUGUUGGAACAGGAAUUGUCGCUUAAUGUUAAAGCUGAAGAUUUUAAACAAAAAUAUGGUCGUGAUAAACCAGCCGCUGAUAUGCAAUUAAUUUUCACCUGUAGAUCCGGUCGAAGAGCUCAGCAAGCUGCAGAAAUUGCUGUACAAUUGGGUUAUACAAAUGUUAAGAACUACAAGGGUUCCUGGUUAGAUUGGGCCGAACACGAAGGUUUGCCUAAGGAAUAAAUAAAGAGGACAAGAUCGAAACAGAUUUAUUGCUAUAAAUUAUGGUUUAUUAUUGAAAGCACUUUAUGGUUUAUUAUUAAAAGCACUUUGAGGUUUUUUAUGUACUUUUGAUUAAUUGAUUUUUUAAAAUAAAUUAUUGUAUUCUGUUAAA